AUGGCCGACUACCAUCGAGCAGUCGUCGUCGACUGCGACGACGACGACGCGCCGUGCAAGAUCUUCGGCGGCGGCGACGACCGGCACUUCACGUUCAGCGUUGACUACGAGGCGGCGAUGCAGUUCGACGCUGGGACCAGGCUGCGCACAGCCUGCAGAAUCGGCGAGGUAUACAGAUGUGAAGCGUCCUUCCAGUUUCUGCACAAACCUGCGCCGGAGGAGAACCGGGUUGGCCUCGCCGUGCUGGUCUCCGGUCCAAUUAGCCACCCAGCUGGCGUUCAUAGAAUCAUGGUGGAUAUCGUUCUCCUCGGCAAUACCAAGUCGGUGGCGAUGCAACCGCCGGCGGUGAGAUCCAAGGUUAUUCCGUUGCCCGCCGGAGGCGACGGAGGCUGCAAAGCUGCGUGUGGGCUUCUCGUCUUGACAGAUUACCUCGAGGCAAACUGUCUGCACGACGGCACGAUGGUGGCGCUCUUUUCCGUGUCCUUCGUCGAAGGCUUGCCGCCUUGCCUUUCGCACGACUCGUUGGGCCACCGCCUCGCCGCCAUGGCGAGAGAGCAGGACCUCACCGACGUCUGCUUCGACGUCGGCGGCGAGAGGUUCAGCGCGCACCGCACGGUGAUGGCGGCGCAGUCGGAGGUGUUCAGGGCGCUGCUGCUCGGCCCCAUGGCCGAGAGCAAGAUGGCGACCGUCCCGAUCCGCGGGAUCAGCGCCUCCACCUUCAGGCACAUGCUCCACUACAUCUACUGCAACGAGCUGCCGGCCGCCUGCAGCGACGGCGGCCCGGGCCACGCCAAGGGGGCGGCGGCCGAGCUGCAGCGCCUCCUCGUCGCCGCCGACAUGUACGGGCUGGAGACGCUGAAGCAGAUGUGCGAGGACACGCUGUGCGCCGGCGUCGGCAUGGACACGGUCACGUCGGCGCUGGCCCUGACGAAGAGCGGGUCGUACCCGAAGCUGAGAGCGUCGUGCAUCGAGUUCCUGUCGACGACACAGCUCUUCACGGUGGCUACGACCGAUGAGCUCUGCGAGGUGGCGCGGACCUACCCGGGUGUGCUCGCAGAGAUACGGGACAUGUAUAACGUACCACCCUUACCUAAGCGACCAUGCCGCCGGUCGUCACCGGAGAAGACACCAUCGUCAACUGAUGAAGAUACGCACAAUCUCGAAGAGUGA